UUGUUUUUAACGGUUAAAUAAUUACUUUUAAUUCUUUUGAAAAUGGAAAAACAACUGGAAGAAAUUUGUUCAAGGUUAGACGAAGCUUUACUUGAAUACUUGAAUUUAAUUUCCAAUUAUCAAGAAAAUUGGCAACAAAUUAGUAAGGAUUUAGAAGGUGCCUUUAUGCAACUUGCUCACGCAAAAUAUACUAUGGGGCCUGGUAGAUUAACUCAAGAUCAGUAUGACGGGAGAAUGCAAGCUGCUACAAGAAUUUUGAUAUCACAAAAUCUAGGUGUUGAAGAAGAAAAAAAGCAUUACAAUCAUCAAUUUUCUUUGAUUAGUGGAUAUUUGGAAAAUGAUGAAAAUAUAAUUGAUGAAUCCGAAUCUAGUCAAAUUAUUGAUAGCUCUUCAACCCUUCGUCGACGCAAUGUAAAGGAACUCGAAACUAAAACUGAUAAUACGGCUAAAACGGAGAAGCCGCAAAAAAAAAAAAUUAUACGCGAUCCAUUACAUUGGUUUGGACUUUUGGUUCCACCAUCCUUAAGGGAUUCGCAAAAACACUUUAAGCAGGGCCUAGUAAAUAUGGUCAACCUCUUAAAUUUACGAAAUGAAAUACUAGAGAAAGAAGCUCAAUACAAAAUUAUGAAGCAAGAAAAAGAAAAGAUUAUGCAAGAAUUAUCAAAAUCAAAGGAACCAGUGAGUGAAGAAAAGAAUACCCAAGAAAACGCAUUGUAAUGAACUCAGGUUUGAAGAUAUUAUCUAGAUCGUUAUUUUACUAUAAAAUCCUAUAACCCUUAUUAGCAGCUAUUUAAUUUUUACUGAUAUAUCUAUACGCGAGUUUAUUAGGGUCUAAUAUUACUUUAAUUUAAUGGUAGAUUGAUAUGAGACUAUAAAACUUUUUUAGAUAACAUUAUUUCAUGUACAUUCAUUAGAAUAUACUUUUGUAUAGAUUUAGCAAAAUUUUUUUUUUGUAGAAAAUUAUAAGAAAAUAAGAAAAGAAAUGAUAAAAAUUUAUUCUUACACGAAAAA